UCAAUUCAAUUGCAGCUCUUAGCGGCUGCUUUGCUGCUCAGUUCGGUCACAUCGGGUUUGAGGCCACCCAGAUCUUAUUCUCGUCGCAAUUUCUACAGUUCGGUUGGUCCACCUGGUCCGGUACGCUUAACGCCACCAGCUAGUGGACUGCCGAGCUAUAGCAGCGAUCUGCUAACCAAUGAAAGCAACCGACGCGAUGUGGCAAAGAAGUACCCCAAGAAGACACACUAUAGACCCUUCUCAGUGGAGGACGAUGACUUUUCCAGCGAACGCUAUUCGGGAGAGUAUACGGGUGACGCACCUCAUGACAGUCGGGAGUACACAAUUGGCACCCAGAUACGUGUCCAGCAUCCCAUCACGGUGCCCAAGAAGGCCAGCUCUAGCUCCACAUACUCCAAGCCGCAUAAGUAUCCUUCACCUACUCCUUACAAGAGCAGCGGUCGUCCAAUCUAUGAUGACUCUGGCGAAGAUCAUACUCUCGAGCCGCCAAAGUUGAAAGGUUCGAAGUGGACACCAGCAUCGUACGAAUCGGAGGCAGAUCCAUUCCAUUUGGUACCGCCACCUAAGGCAACGGCUGCAUCUAGCCACGCUUACAGAGUGUUUGAGCCCGAUCACGAGGAGUACGAUGUGCCCACGCGCCCCAAGAGUCACGACCGUUAUAAGAGCGUUGCGUCCAAGAAACAGAUCGAAGCUUUUCUAGAAGAUCAGCAAGAACUGCUGGAUGAAGCCAUCAAACUGCAGCUGAUCAACAAUCCCAAACUACAAAAGUAUUUGAAGCACGAUUCGCAUGAGGCGCGACCCGAUCUAGACAUUGAAGACUUUGAGACAUUCCCGCCAGUCUUUGCGGGUGGUCCUGGGCCACAGCACAACAGCUUCAUUGUCGAUCAUCCGCCACCGUCAGUAAUUAAGGGCAGAUCACGUAGACGCCCGCCAGGCCUUAAGCCGAAGCGUUCCCCAAAGUCCAAGCGCAUUAUUAAGCCCAAACGAAAGUACAGAUCGACAGCACUGGUCAUUAAUGUGUGAGCGUUCGUGGUGCAUUUAAGUGUUAGUUUGCUAAUGCUUACUUAUUUAACUAACUCUAAAAUAGUUGUGUAUUUUAAAUUGUAUAGACUUUUUUUAUGUAAAUAUAGUAAAUCCUUUAUUCUA